GGUGCUAUCUUCUUACAUUCAUCGAUAUUCUGACACAAUACAGUACACUUAGAGCACGUUCUCGUCGACAAAUUUUAGAUUAAAUUUUAAAAAGCAACAUCGAAUGAAAUCAUAUGCAUAAAACGCCUACAGCCUUACAGCUCGGAGAAUGCGGAAAUGGGAUUACGUUGAGUUACAUUAGUGCGUCGUGGUCGCCAUUAGCCGCGCCGAUUUAGUGUCUUGCCGACCGGGAGGACGUCAUGGUGGCGGCGGCAGGGAAGAACUUGUCCUGAUAGUGUGGAGUUGCUUUGGCCGCCUGCGGACGUGCAUUAUGGUGGAUUAAGUGAUCGAGAAUCUGCAAUCCCCACACAAAUGGAGACGCUCUCCAUAAUGGCCUUGCUGGAGUGCCCUCUGUGUUACGAGCAGCUGGAUGCAUCAGCCAAGGUGCUGCCCUGCCAACACACUUUCUGUAAGGCCUGCUUGCAGAAGCAGGAGGCGGCACACUCGCAGAUGUUCUGCCCAGAAUGCAGAGCUCCCAUCAGGGCCCGAACAGUGGAGGAGCUACCCGCGAACAUCCUGCUGGUGCGGCUCCUGGAGGGUUUACAGGGGUCAGCGGGGCCUAGCCGGAACUCGCGCUACACUGUACCCUUUGCCAGGAGCAGUGGGACUGUCAGGGAGGGUCAUUACAGAGAGCUGCAAGGCCACAAAGAGGUUCCCCAGGUGUUUUCAAGAACUUCAAUGCGCAAGCAGCAAGGAGAUUCAGAAGGAGAGCUGAUCCUCACCCACAUUAACGGCAUCACGCCAAAACACAGACCGACAAUGGGCGACGACUGGCUCCAUAGACAGAUUAGCGACAACAGUGGCACAUCCGUCACUGCCGGCACACCGCACGCCGCCAACCAGACGCUGCAAACGCUCCCUCACCAGCAGUCGCUGCCUCUCUGCCGAACACUGUGUGACUUUAGUCCCAAAGAGAUGAACGUGGACAGCAGUGAUCUUUGUCUUAGCUUCCGGAAGGGUGACAUUCUCACUGUCAUCAGAAGGGUGGAUGAACACUGGAUUGAAGCCAAGCUGGGCGACAGGGUAGGAAUUUGCCCUCUACAGUUUACCGAGCUAAACUCGGUGGCAACCAAACUGCUGGAAGGAAAGAGUCCACGGAGGAGUGACUCAGCAGAAUUUCAACAUCGUACCGGAAGCAGGAGCAAAGACAAGGCCCCAGAGGCAUCCAACAGGAUCGCAAACCAGAGAGUCACGCAGGUUCCCACAACUACUCCUCUUACCACCGCUUUGGUCCCCUCCAAGCCUCACAAACAGCCCAUAAACAGCAGCAGCAGCAACUUUUCCAGAGCGCCCUCCACAGAGGAGAACCACAUCAGCGGCUUCAACCUCCAGCGACAGUCACACCGCUCCUCCGUGCGCCCCCCUGCCCGUGGGCACGCGCAUCCAUCGAGAGUUAACUCUCAGCGAGUUCGACGCCACUCUGACAGCCCGCACGGGCUCCUGUUACUGAGUGAGAAGAUGGCCAACGAGGCUCCACCCAACAUCUCAAUGGCUCUGUCAAACCCGCACAUUUCAUCCGCUUCUGCAGACAGCAAAAGCUCCAACACGCAGCAGCUCUCAAUCAGUGUGUGUGCUGUGCUGUACUCCUAUAAGCCGCAACGCCCAGAGGAGCUGGAGCUGAGGAAAGGCGAGAUGGUGGGAGUGUACGGCAAGUUCAAAGAAGGCUGGCUGCGUGGGUUGUCUCUCCGAACGGGCAAAGUGGGCAUCCUGCCCAGCAACUACAUCACUCCUGUGCUCAGAACGUCAGCCAGACUUCUGGAGACCAAAGCGGCUAGUGCAUCGUCACAGCACAAUGCAGCAGCGGCAAAAAAACACACAACUGCCAGGAAUCCCGCUGUGGUCCUUGCUCCUGAUAGGGUAAAUACCGAUGGGGUGUUGUACUCAGCAGGACAGGUCCCACAUGUGCCAAAUGGAGCGCAGCACGCAAUGUCAUCCACAGGCGCUGGAAAAGCAUCCUUCUAUGGCAGCACGCCAGGUUGGGAGACAGUUAGGCGACUAUUUAACCCACACAGAGUAUCCAAUCCUUUCAGCCAUUCAUCCAAUUUGAAUGUACCCUCCAACUCGGAGCACUUUGCUCAAGUUCAGGCAUCCGGCUACUCGCCCGCCCUGCCGAGAAAGAAAAACGGUGGAAUUGGAUCCAACUCUGGAAGACCAGCCGGUUGGAUGAGUGAGCCAACAGCGCUCUCUGCUGCCCAGCUGUCAAAAGACAGGGACUUUGGCACUUUACACGAGACCGGGGGUUAUCAUCAGCAUGAGCGGCAUCCGUCCAGUGGCCCUCACUCAAUUCUUGUCAGACCCGAUUCACAUAAAAGCACUGUAGACAAGCCUGCCAAGUCAGUGCGCUUCCUCACAGAUGAAGACCCCUCACCUCCACGACUUCGGACCUCCUCCUGGUCUUCUGGAAGCCAGGUUCUGUCCAACUUCGCCCCAGCACCUCCUCCACUUGAAGUAUGGGCACCAUCACUCACCUUGGGUAGAGACGGGCCUGGAAUAAUCCUCAAAGACGGAAAAGCUCCAACUCUCAGGAAAGGCGUAGAGACUGUCCUCUCGGAUCUAAAUUCAAACCCGCAAAAAACAAUGUCAUCGCAGCCGUCGCCAUCAACUAUGUCAGCUCAGUUCAGCCCCACCAGACACAGAGUGAAUUCAACUCAUCUCGCUCAGACAGACUCUGAGCUAAGUCUGCUCCAAGGAGAGCUGGUCCUGGUCCACAGACCUCGACCUGACGGCCGUGUUCUGAUUACCCAGGAGACCAGCGGACAGACGGGCCUGUUUCAUAGUAGUAUUCUUCAUGCUCUGGAGAGGCUCACUUGACUUUUUGUUACUGCAGCUGUUGUGAAAGCGCUGUAGAAAUCAGGAUGUAUUGUAUUGAAUCAAUCUAUUUUGUAGACCCUUUGCCAAGAUUCAGUAAUUGAAAUUGCCAAAAGAGAUUUCCAUGAAUGAGUUUUUUUUCCCCCUGGGGUCAUAUUAAAAUGUUUAGAAAUAUAUUUUGUGUUUCUUUCGUGUAAUAGCAUGUACUGUAUAGCCCACAUGUACUGAGAAUUUGCACACAAACCCACCAAAUUGCUGUCUCCCUGUUUCUGCCGUUGUUACAUACAGUACAUAAGUGUGUGCCUUUGUCAAAACCUACAAAGAAAAUACAAUCUAUUUCACUCUGUGAUGUCAAAUAGCUAUACUUCUUAUGUGGCAAUAAACUACUAAUAACAACUAAUUGAA